GCGGUCCAUGGUUCAGGUCUAUGUAAUAUAAGGGAGGGCUCGAGGAGGUGAAGAUGAAGAGAUAACUAAGUAGUUGACUAUCUAUGCAGGUAGCAGCUCCAGUAGCAAGCAAGGGUAGCAUAACCCGAUCAUUUCCUCUUCUCUUCCUUCGACUCUUCAUGCAGUGCGACGGUGAAGAGUCCGCAGAGUCGCUUUCCUGCUCGGCCCCCUGGUUGGUCUCUCCACAGUGGAUGAGCGAAGGGCUCCGUCAUGCAGGCCAGGGGAGGGGGAGGGAGGGUGGAAUAGCGAUAACUAGUCACUUCGCUAGUAUUACUGUAGGCACUUAAAGGACGGAUCUUCUCUGCUCUUUCGUACUUCUUCUUCUUCUUCUCCUUCUCAAGUCUGGCUGAGCUUAGAGAAGGCAAAGGCUUCUGCCGUCAUCGACUCGAGGGCUGCAAAGUAUAAAGUCGCUAAGUGAUAAAAAGGCCGGCCCUCAGCUUCACCAAAACUCCAUCUCGGCUUCCACUUCACCUUCACCCUCAGCUGGACCUCCAACAUCUAGACAGCUACUCCGUCCACUGAGGUUUCAUCUACAUCAUCUGUUUCGUUACGUUCUUCGGCCCAAGAUGGCUACAGACGACAGCAACAAGAACCUCCGGCAGUCGCCCAUGGAGUGCCUCCGCGACCUGUUCAACUGGAAGGUCAGAGUCGAGGAGACAGACCCCGUCACCGGCGUCACCACAGUCGAGUACCGCGACCCGGAGCCCCUCAAGAACCCCUUCUCCAUGGUUGCCCAGCUGUCGGCAAGCAACUGGCUCUUCUUCCUGGCCGGCCUGUUCGCCUGGAUCUGCGAUGCGUUCGACUUCCACGCCCUGUCGAUCCAGACCGUCAAGCUAUCAAAGUACUUCCACCGCAGCAAAACCUCCAUCUCUACAGCCAUCACCUUGACUCUCUUGCUCAGAUCAGUCGGAGCAGCCGUGUUUGGCCUGGCCGGAGACAGAUGGGGCCGCAAGUGGCCCAUGGUGGCCAACAUGCUCAUCCUGGGCGCCCUCCAGAUCGCAACCAUCUACAGCGCUACCUUCUCCCAGUUCCUGGCCGUUAGGAGUCUGUUUGGUCUCUUCAUGGGCGGCGUGUACGGUAACGCUAUUGCCAUGGCCCUGGAGAACUGUCCCGUCGAGGCCAGAGGGUUGAUGUCCGGCAUUCUCCAGCAGGGCUACUCGAUGGGCUAUGUCUUUGCAGCAUGCGCCAACCUGGGAGUCGGCGGCGGCACGGACUCAUGGAAGGUCGUCUUCUGGAUCGGAGCCGGCAUCUCAUGCUUGUCUGGCGUUAUUCGAAUUUUCCUGCCCGAGUCAAAGCAGUUCCUGGCUGCGCGUAAGGAGCGCAAGGAGGGCAAGAAGAGCGGUGCCUCGCCCAGUAAAUUCUGGAGAGAUACCAAGGAGAUGCUGGCCAAGGACUGGAAACUGGUGAUAUACUGCAUCUUCCUCAUGACCUGGUUCAACUUCUACAGCCAUACUUCCCAGGACAGCUACACCACCUUCAUGCUCACCCAAAAGGCCCUCAACAACUCUGCUGCCUCCCGUGCAUCCAUCCUCAUGAAAGCCGGCGCCUGUGUCGGCGGCACCAUCAUCGGCUACAUGUCCCAGUGGUUCGGCCGUCGUCGAUCCAUGGUCCUCUCCGCUCUGAUAUCAGGCAUCUUGAUACCUGCUUGGAUUCUCCCACACGGCGAACGCUCGCUCUCAGCCUCGGGCUUCAUGAUGCAGUUCUUCGUCCAGGGCGCAUGGGGCGUCAUCCCCAUCCAUCUCAACGAGCUCUCCCCGCCUGCCUACCGAUCCAGUUUCCCGGGCCUGACAUACCAGCUCGGCAACAUGAUCUCAUCCCCGUCCGCCCAGAUCGUCAAUGCCGUCGCAGAGUCGGUCAGCGUUAGAGGAGACAACGGCAAGCCAGCGCCAGCCUACGGCGCCACCAUGGGAGUAGCCACAGCCAUCAUCGCAUUGGGUAUCAUGAUCACCACCGCCUUUGGACCAGAGAUGAGGGGCCGCAAAUUCGAGCUGGCCAAGGUAGCCGGGCAUCUUCAUGACGGUGAACAAGAGCAUGCAGGAAAGGAAGACCUCGAGUCCGGCAUGGUAGGCAGAUCACACGACGAGAAGAGAAGCGAGGAGGCGGAAGUCUCGGAGUCGGAAAAGGUGAUUGACAAGAGCUAGUUAAGCUUAACCUCUCUUAUGAUUUGAUUUUUUAUUUUACCCAGGCUAUGUUACGAAACAAAGAAAAGAGCACGACUACCCAGACAUGCUAUCAGAUGUUAAAUGCGUUAUACUAUGUAUUCAAUCUUUCUCAAGCCUUCCAAUCCAUCUUUCUUUGAAAAUCUCUUCAUCUAAAAAUUUUUCAGCCGAGGUCCAAGUUAGUGCG